AUAAAUAAAAACAAUAUUUCUGGUCAUAGAGAUCCCUCCCUUAUUUCUGUUAUAUUUUUUGUUUUUCAGCUGCCCGCCCCUCUCUCUCUCUCUCUCUCUCUCUGUGUAUUCAGGGAACUCAGAAGAGCACUUGUUACUCUUCUUCUUCUCUGUACCACAAAGAAAAGGCACUUUUAACACCUGAUGCAGAGACUGGAUAGAGACUGAGAUCGAAUGCCACCGUCUUCUUCUACUGUUCAAUCUGCUCUGAUUCUUCAUUUUUAGAUUUGCAUUUCUUUCUUCUCCUUCUUGUGAAUCUGUUUGUCUAUUUAUUCGAUUUUAACUAUCUGUAAAGCCAGAGAUGGUGGCGUCAGCUUCUUUCUCAUCUCCGCUGUGCACGUGGCUGGUGGCGGCGUGCAUGUCCGUCACGUGCGAGAAGGAAAAUUGGACCAGCCUACACGCGUUUCAUUCAUCUCCACCGGGGAAUAGACUCAGUCGCUGGGCUCGCAGAAGAAGGGCUCUUCUCUCUAAAUAUAACUGCGGUAGCUCUGCUGUUGCUUCUACCUGCUCUAAGUUUAUUUCCCAAGGUUUGUCCUCUUCCUUCUCUGGAUCCAGCUUUCAAGGAUUGAUGACUUCUUGCUUGGCUUUUGAGCCUUGUAGUCACUACUACAGCUCCAAUGGCCUUUUUGGAUCCAGAAAUCUCAAUCGCAAGAACCGAAGACUUAAUCGCCCUCCUCAUUCUGGCGAAGUCAUGGCAGUAGCCGUGCAACCUGAAAAGGAAGUUGCAACAAAGAAUAAACCUGUUACGAAGCAAAGGCGAGUGGUUGUGACAGGUUUGGGUGUUGUGACACCCCUUGGUCAUGAUCCGGAUGUAUUCUACAACAAUCUUCUUGAUGGAGCUAGUGGCAUAUCUCAGAUAGAGGCUUUUGACUGUUCCCAAUUUCCAACGAGGAUUGCUGGUGAGAUUAAGUCUUUCUCAACUGAGGGAUGGGUUGCACCAAAAUUGUCCAAGAGAAUGGAUAAAUUCAUGCUUUACAUGCUUACUGCUGGCAAAAAAGCCUUGGCUGAUGGUGGUAUCACUGAAGAUAUAAUGGAUGAGUUGGAUAAAACUAAAUGUGGAGUUCUGAUUGGCUCUGCAAUGGGUGGUAUGAAGGUUUUCAAUGAUGCACUUGAAGCAUUAAGGAUCUCAUACAAGAAGAUGAAUCCUUUCUGUGUACCUUUUGCGACUACAAAUAUGGGUUCUGCAAUGCUUGCAAUGGACUUGGGUUGGAUGGGGCCAAACUAUUCAAUUUCCACUGCUUGUGCUACAAGCAAUUUUUGCAUAUUGAAUGCAGCAAAUCACAUCAUUAGGGGCGAAGCUAAUGUCAUGCUUUGUGGUGGCUCAGAUGCAGUAAUUAUACCUAUCGGCUUGGGGGGUUUUGUGGCAUGCCGUGCACUCUCACAGAGGAAUGAUGAUCCUACAAAAGCUUCACGACCUUGGGAUAUGGAGAGGGAUGGAUUUGUGAUGGGGGAAGGAGCUGGUGUUCUCCUUUUAGAAGAACUAGAACAUGCUAAGAAAAGAGGUGCAAAUAUCUAUGCGGAAUUUCUUGGAGGAAGCUUCACCUGUGAUGCCUAUCAUGUGACUGAACCACGUCCUGAUGGAGUUGGUAUCACUCGCUGUAUAGAGAAGGCACUAGCUCAAUCUGGGGUAUCUAAGGAGGAUGUAAACUACAUAAAUGCACAUGCUACAUCCACCCCAGCUGGUGACCUUAAAGAGUAUGAAGCUCUCAUGCGCUGUUUUGGCCGAAAUCCUGAUUUGAGAGUGAACUCCACAAAGUCCAUGAUUGGCCAUCUACUGGGAGCUGCUGGUGCUGUGGAAGCUAUUGCAGCAAUACAGGCUAUACGGACAGGAUGGAUUCAUCCAAACACCAACCUGGAAAAUCCAGAUGAAGGCGUGGACAUUAGUGUUCUGGUUGGCCCAAAGAAAGAGAGAUUGGAAGUUAAGGUUGCAUUGUCUAACUCAUUUGGGUUCGGAGGCCACAACUCAUCAAUACUUUUUGCGCCGUACAAGUGAUAUAAGACUACCUCAACCUUGCUGUAUUAAUGCAAAAGGUGACUGGUUGGACAGAUUAUCAGGAGAGGGAUGAGCCAUCUAGCCCCAGUGGAUGGUGAAAGGAGAAUAUUCAGAGUCAAGGAAGUGGAAAUACGUUAAGCUUCAAUUGUUGUAGGAGUUCUCUCUUCAGUGGGGCUUGGUCAACUGCUGAACCACAAAAUCCCCAGUGAUAGGUAGGGUUGUUUAAUUUUACAUGUACAAGUAGAAUACUGAUCGUGUUUAAUUAGCCAAUUGUAAUGAAUUUUGAGCUGGCAGUUGGCUAGGUUACACUAAUGUAAUGGUGGUUUAUGAGCAUACUUCCAUUUUGUUUCA